UUUAUCUAGACUUAAGGUGAAGGUCAGAAAUGUAAAUGUUUGGGAAUGGAAUUUUUCGUUCUCUGAUUUAUUGUGAGAAAACAUGUCCCUAUUGAGGUCGGUGGUUGGUAUAACCAGACAGGUGUAUACGUGUGUGGUUCGCCCAAGUUUAGCUUCAGUCAACCACCAAGCAGUAAGUUACUUCCAUGAAAGUCAAGAAGAGAGAGUGACACUGGGAGACAAUCAGCAUGAUAAGAAAAACUGGAGGAAGCAUUACCCAAGUGACUUAACACUUAAAAUGAAAAUCGACGGGACACCUUACGAUGAGCUUCCAGUAGUUAAUAUAAAAUAUAAAAUCAUCUAUGUGAUCAUAUCCCUCUGUAAAGCCUCAGGUGAUAUAAUAUACUCCUCCUCUGGGGGAAUCCUUGGCUUCAGGAACACGAAGGGUAAAACAAACCUUUGUGCACAGACUGUGGGGUCCCACAUAGGGGAGAAAGCACUGGACUUAGGCUUAAAGAACCUAAGGGUUAAAUUAAAUGGAUUAGAUGGCAAAAGAUCAUCAGCCUUGCUGGGUUUACGUACUUCAGGAGUAAGAGUUGUAUCAAUCACAGAUGCCACGAAGAUACCACAUAAUGGGUGCCGCCCUCGGAAACGACCCAGAAAAUAAACGAGAACAUCAGAGGUAGGGAGAUUGGAGUCUGUAAGCAGUAUACCUACAAAUGGUAAACCAGUUCUGGAACAAAUCAUGUGACAGUCUAACACUUGUUUUUUAUGUGACUUUAUUUUGAUCCUCAAAUUCAGAUCUGUCAAAGUUUCAGUUGAAUUGUCAUACAGAUCAUGGAACUGAAUAAAAACAUUUCAUACAACCAA